AUGGAACUGGGUCCUGACGGGAAGCCUUGCAGAGCUUGUACAAGUGUUGAGGAAUUGAUGCAGCGUGCCCACGAGUAUGUAAAAAAGACUAAUGGAAAGGACAAAGAUAAAGCAGAGAAUGGGUCGAAAACAGAGUCAAAGUCAUCACCGCGUCGUGGCUAUGACCAGUGUCCUCCCGAUAAGGACGAGCUCGGUCGUUCCACUUGGAAUCUUUUGCACACGAUGAGCGUUUACUAUCCAGAAAAACCGACAGAGGAUCAAAAGCAGACGGUUUCUACGUUUAUGGAUAGCCUUGCAAAGACAUACCCAUGUGAUUAUUGCGCAAAAGAUUUGCGAAAAGUUCUGAAAGAGGAUCCUCCAAAAUUAAGCAAUCGUAAUGAAUUUGCGUUAUGGAUGUGUCAAUUGCACAACAAGGUAAACAGGAGGACUGGAAAACCUGACUUUGAUUGUUCAAAAGUCUUUGAACGAUGGAAAGAUGGUUGGAAAGACGGCUCCUGCGAUUACUAA